GUUGAAACGAUGAAUCACUGCGAUCUCUAUAGCUUCUUGUCUUCACAUCCAGCUUUUAGUAAUGAGUGACAACCAACGUCUGUAACCAAGUGAUAGGCAUAAGAUGACACAUAUUGAGCCACAUUUACAUAAUGCCACGUAGACUAGUUGUCUUAAACGCGUCCUAUUCGUGGAAACCAAAGAACAUUUGCGAGUGCAUAAGAGCCCAGCGCUCUUAGUUCAACAUUGCGUGAAUGUAUUCCUUGGAAAAGGCGUUACAUCCCAAGUGCGCGCAGUCACGCGUUUUCGUCGGCUGCAUUGCAUUGCAAACAUCAAGCUUCAUUUAACUGAACAUCCUCUCAUUGCGCUACACUUGAACAUUUAUAUUUCCACUAAUGAACUCCUUUGCUUCGACCAUUUCAAAGGCCUUUUAUGGCACUUUUGUUCAUUCUAUUUCCAUCAGAGAACUCGAGUUCGUCAAACAUGCACUGUUAUUUGUGGAUAACCAUGGAGUAAUUGUUAAGAUAAUAAAGGAUCUAAAUCAAUCACAGCUUCAAGAAGCAUUAGAUGGAGUGGGAGAGGAUAAGGUCAUUCUUUUAAAUAACGAUCAAUUUAUUAUCCCGGGGUUUGUCGACACUCAUAUCCAUGCCUCUCAAUAUUCAUAUUGUGGGGACGGACAAGACACUCCACUGCUAGAAUGGCUAAAUACCCUCACCUUCCCACAUGAAACCAAGUUCAAGGAUGCUGAUUAUGCGCGUCAGAUUUAUACCAAAGCCGUAACACGUUCACUUCGCAAUGGCACCACUUCUGCAUGUUGGUUUUCGACGGUCCAUCUCGAUGCCACAAAAGAAUUGGUUGAUGUUAUUCUGAAACAAGGACAGCGCGCCUAUGUGGGCAAAGUCAACAUGGAUAGGAAUAGCCCCGACUUCUUGACUGAAACGACCGAGGCCUCGGUUAGGGACACUCGAUCGUUCAUUGACUAUGUUCGUCAGGCUGUCAUUAACAGCACCAGAAGCAAUGAGAAUAUAAUUGAUUCUGAUAAAAAGAAUGAUACCAAUACCGCUCCAACAAGAACACCGCUGGUGAUGCCGGCUAUCACACCUCGAUUUGCUAUCUCUUGCACAUCCGAGCUAUUAACAGAGUUGGGGAAAUUAGCGCAGGAAUAUGAUAUCCCUAUCCAAACUCAUCUGUGCGAGACAUCUCAAGAAAUUGAGUCCACAAUAUCCCUGUUCCCAACAUUUACCAGCUACACUGCUGUAUAUAAGGGUCAUGGACUGCUAAACAGCCGUUCAAUCAUGGCACAUUGUGUCCAUAUGCAGGACGAAGAAUGGGAUUUAAUCAAGGAAACUAAUGCUGGAGUGUCUCACUGUGCCAACUCCAAUUUCAAUAUUCGGUCUGGGAUGGCCAAUGUCCGCAAGAUGAUUGAUGAUUUGGGUCUGAAAAAGAUUGGUUUAGGGACUGAUAUUGCGGCUGGAUACUCCCCUUCAAUCUUAGAAGCCAUACGUUGCUCAAGGACGUGCUCGAUCGCCAGAGAUCCUCAGAGAUCACUAUCAAUUCCUGAACUGUUUUAUCUGGCUACAUUAGGUGGAGCAAGAGUAAUGGAAUUAGGAAGCACAAUCGGAAAUUUUGAGGUAGGCAAAGAGUUUGAUGCCAUCAUCGUCAACACCACAGCGUCAAGAUCUCCGAUCGACAUUUUCCCUCAUGAUUCGAUCGAGUCAAAAUUUAAGAAGUAUCUCUUUGUGGGCGAUGAUCGGAAUAACGAAAGAAUUUAUAUCCAGGGCAAACAAGUCAGACUACCAGAGUAAACAAAG